AUGUGUUAUGUCGUACCUAGUAGGUAUCUUAUCCUCUAUGAUAACCCUAUUGUUGAUUAAUUGAUAUCAGAUAGAAAAAAAGGUGCCAUUUUUUUUAUGUCAUUACCUUUUCAACAGUUCAUCUAUCUACGUAGUUUGACUAAUGUAUAUUCAUAAUCUGGUGUGGUUUGCAGGUAUUUCCGAAUUGAUAACUUUAUUCAUCUUGUUGCAAAUAAAAGGAACCUUUUCGCGAUUCGGCAAGUUCCUCUCAAAUUAAGAAAAUGUUGAAAACUGUUAACAAUCGGAAUUUUCAAGAGAAGUCCAAGGAAGCCCGGUUCAAAAGCUAUAAAAAGGGAACCCCCAAAAGAAUCAUUUUCAAAGAAGAAACUUCCGGAGAAAGUACUUCAGUAGCUGCUAAAGUAUUAGAGACUGUUUCUGGUGGUAAAAGCCUACGUAUAAAAAAUACCAUAAAACCCGCUGGUUUAUUGAAGAAGAAAUAUUCACUCUUCAACAGCUCUGCUAUAAAACUUGAGCGAACUUCGAGUAAAUAUGCUUCGUUUACUGAUAUCUCAAAAGUUAGUGAAAUGUGCGAAACUUCGGAAUCAGCGUAUGCGUCAUUUGAAAAUUCCAAGAGUGAUUUGAUAUCAAAUAAUAGCAUGUCAAGAAAUGAUGAUAUCAAGAUGUACGAUCUUUCGGAAAAUGAUUACAUUCCCGAAAGUUCACGGAAGUCUUCAUUUCGUCUUAAAAGUCCGAAGUUAUUCUCGAAACCUGAAAUUUUGCAUCAAGUUAUUCAGCCGUCAUUCGCAAUAAAUGACUUCAAAAUUGGCAAGAGUAAACUUUCAUCUAGUGACUUUUCAUUUACAAUUCCUGAAAUUAAAGAAGAAAAUGAUCCAGCAAUGAGUAAGACGGCGCCAAAAGUUCCUAACUCGCCGAAAAAUGAUUAUCUUCCUUCAUGCGACGAUCAGAUGUUUCACUUAUCAGAAACUCGGCGAAACGAAAUUUUUUCAUGGGUACUGUCAUGCAAUCAGAGUAACAGCGAUGAUACCAGUACCAUGAAAUUUGAUGAUGAUAGCGGAAGCUCAAUUGAUUUUUCUUCAUUGAAGUACGAGGCGCCAACUGUAGCGGACAUUCUUCUUGAGAAUUACUGUGCCAGUGAUGUUGAAUUACAAACUGAUAACUCUACGAUGCCUACCCCCGAAGCAACGAAAUCUCAGACGUUCAUUGAUAGUUCAUUUGAUUCAGUCAACAACCAACUUGAUUUAGACCUUCUUGACGGGAAUCGAUGUUCACACGCGGAAAAUGAAAGAAGUUUACCAUAUAGAAAACGACAAAUUCAGUGGCACACCUGUCCUGAUUCUUUAGAAUCUGCUCUUACGACAGAAGCGGAAAAACUGAAUGAAAUAAAGAAUUAUUUAUAAAAUUAUUUAGAAAUACGCGAUAAAUCCUAUUGGGGAUACGUGUGUAUUUUUUUUCAUUUCGGAUUUAGCCUAAACUCAAGUACCUACUUUUUUUCCAAUAAAGAUGGGAAUGUACGAUUUGCUUCCCUCUGUUUUGUUUAUUUGCUUGUUUAUUGAUUUGUAAAUAGUUUAUGCACUUGUCAUUCUUUGGUGAAGUAUUUUCAAAGGUUUAAACCAUUUUCUAUUGUUCUUCUAAAUUAAGCUUAUUUAUUUGAAUGCGCAAAUAUUUUGAACUAAUGGUUCAGAGUUACCUAUUCCUUUUUGUUUCAUUAUAAAAAAUCGAACCCAUGUUUCGUAUGA